AUGGGCGAAAAGGAACCACGCCCGCCCUCCCCGGGCGCUGGCGGCACCACAAACGACACCCAACUCCUCGCCAAAAUGGGCUACAAGCAAGAACUGCAGCGCUCGUACUCCACGCUCCAGAUCUUCGCCGUCGCCUUCAGCAUCAUGGGCCUCGUCCCGUCCAUCGCAUCAACUAUUGCGUUUUCGCUGCCUGCCGGCCCCGCGGGCAUGGUCUGGGGCUGGUUCACAGCCAGCAUCCUGAUCUUCACGGUCGGACUGGCGAUGGCCGAUAUGGCGAGCGCGAUGCCCACGGCGGGUGGAUUAUACUGGUGGACGCAUUACUUUGCAGGCAGGAGGUUCAAGAACCCGCUGAGCUUUCUGGUCGGGUAUAGCAAUACCCUGGGGUUGAUUGGGGGGAUCUGCUCGGUUGAUUAUACGCUCUCCCUGCUCAUCCUCGCCUGCAUCUCCAUCGCCCGCGACGGCACCUGGGCCGCCUCCAACGGCACAAUCUACGGCCUCUACGCCGGCCUCAUCAUCAUCCACUCCCUGUCCACAAUCCUGCUCAGCAACGCCAUGCCCCGCAUCCAGACGGCCUGCAUUUUUAUUAAUGUUGCCAUCAUCAUCGCGACCGUCGUCGCAUUGCCCGUCGGCAAAGUAACCCGUGGUGGAACGCUCAACUCCGGCGCCUUUGUCUUCGGGCACGUCGAUAACCUGUCGAACUGGCCGAGCGGGUGGAACUUCGUGCUGGCGUUUAUGUCGCCCAUCUACGCGAUUGGGUUCUUUGAUAGCUGCGUGCAUAUGAGCGAGGAGGCGCGCGAUGCCGCCAAGGCUGUCCCCCGGGGCAUCCUGUUCAGUGCGGCGUCUGCGUGUGUGUUGGGGUUUCUGGUGCUGGCUGUUAUUGCGGCGGUUAUGGAUCCGGUUGUUGCGAAUACGGCGGGGAGCGUGUUUGGGCAGCCUAUGGCGCAGAUCUACUACGACGCCCUCGGCAAACACGGCGCACUGGGCUUCAUGGCCGUGCUGAUCCUCAUCCAAUUCCUGAUCGGACUGAGCCUGAUCAUCGCCGCCUCGCGCCAAGUCUUCGCCUUCAGCCGCGACCACGCCCUCCCCUUCUCGCCCCUCCUGCGCAAAAUAACACCCAUCUACGGACACCCGCAGCCCAUCAACGCAAUCGUCUUCCUCGGCGGCAUCUGCAUCAUCUUCGGCCUGCUGGCCCUGAUCAACAGCGUCGCCGCAAACGCGCUCUUCUCGCUCUUCGUUGCCUCGAACUACGUCGCCUGGGGCACGCCGAUCCUCUGCCGUCUUAUCUGGAACAAGCGCUUUGUCCCGGGUGUAUUUUACACAGGCAGAAGAAUCAGUAAGCCUGUUGCGGGCGUGGCGGUCGCCUGGUUGGCGUUUGGGCUGCUGCUGAGUAUGUUUCCGAGUGUGAGGGAUCCGGCGCCUGGUGAUAUGAACUACACCGUUGUGAUCAAUGGGUUCGUGUGGAUUGCGAGCAUGCUGUACUAUGUUGUCUAUGCGAGGAAGGUGUUUACCGGGCCGAGGGUUACGCUUGCGGAGGGCGUCUCUGAGACUGAUCGUGGGAAUGAUCAUGACUCCGAUGCACAGACUGAGACGGGGACGGAGAGGUUCGAGGAGAAGGAGGCUGGGGCCACGGGGAAUCCGGGGACGCCUACUUCUGCUGAGACGGCGGUUGGGAAGUGA